AUGGCAGAAUCACAGAAGCUUCCUACUUUCCUCACAAACACCGAUUUGCACCCUUCCUUUGACCAAGACAUCAAGGAUACACACUUGAUCUACGAUUAUGCCGCUCAAGCCCCUGAUGGAACCCCUGAGAAAUGGCGCUACGAGAUGUGGUUCUUCUCAUCCAACCGCAUUGUGUAUGCCAUCCACGGCGGUCCCAUGGCCGGCCGCAUAAACUACCAAACCUGCACUUACCAAUGCAUCCGCCCGGGCGAACUCUGGCAAUGCAACUGGCUGGAAGAGACAGGCACAAUCUGUUCCCUAGUCUACGACAUCCCAAACCAAAAAAUCACAACCUUGAUUGGCUUUUCCAAGGGUCAUUGGAACAAUCCUGAGCAAGCUAGAGGAGACAAGAGGGAUCCUGAGACCUUUAAGAGGUUCAAAGCGUUGGCUGAGCAGGGGACUCAGGUGGAGAGGUUUAUGUUGAGUGAGCAGGCGGAUAUCAAGGAGAAGUUUAAGGGCAAGGGCGAUUUGGUGCCUAUUGCUGGGGAUGAGGAGACUUUCUAG